AUGUUCUCUGCUAUAUCUGUGCUCAGGAUGCCAAGGUUAAAUACCUGCAACUGGCCAGAACUGAGCAGGUACUGCGGCUUCUUUCGGCUAUCAACUGGAAUUUACAUUAGGAGUGUGGUUAGCCUGGUCCUCGUCAGCGUCAUGAUAACGUUUAAUGCUUUUGGAUUAAGGCGCGUAUUGACGAUGAAGGAAUCGUUAAAUGGAGUCAGUAUCACAGUUAUUGGUGAACGUUUUAACGCAACUGUUACUGAAGACGACUUGCACAUGGUCCGAAAUAUUCUUGCAGCGCUGAAGGUGUACAUCAUUAUAUGGAAUAUCCUGAAGAUUGUCUACAUUUUGAAUAUACUGAUAGCUCUGUAUGCUAUAUUCUUUAACAAACCAAGGAUCUUAAAGGUAGCGUUUUAUAUAAUGAUCCCGAAUUGGAUUUUUGAUAUCGUGAUGCUAAUUGGCGCUAAGACGUUCCUGAGAUUGCCGUUUCAACUUCUCUUCUUAAUCGGAGUCGGUACCGAGCUCUACAAUUUAAUAGCAAUUAAUAGCCAGUAUAAACAGAUGGCUUUUAAAUCACGCAUUGUCCCAGAAGAUGUCUUAACAACGACAACAUCUACACACACACACAUGAGCCCAACAGACGUGUGGAACCCGAGUACAUAUGGUGGUGCUCACUGCAGAACCUGCGUUUGUAACACAUCACCAUACAUGGAAACCAGAUCUGAAAGAACUACUGUUACUACUCUUCCGUCCCCCCAAACACCUACAGAACCAGAAGCAUUUGGGCCACCCUCAACAGAAGAAGAUAAAAACUUCAAAGACGGACCGAUUAUCUUCAAUCAAGAUCAGUUGCAGGGGCCGUCGGACAUAUUAUUUAUUAGAUCGCCAAGGCUGGAGAAUGAGGAUGAAAGAUUUAAUGUAAGAUUAGAAAGAGAUGCAAGAACAGAUAGAAGGGAUUUAGAAAGAGCUAGACGAUUAGAAUUAGGUGAUUCAAGAACUGGAAGAGAUGAGAGAAAUAAUGCAAAUAUUCCUCAAAAAAUAGAAAGAAAUGAUACAAGGCGACCUAGAAGACCAAACUCAUUAGCACUAUAG